UUGAGUAUGCAAGCUAGUAUUAGCUUGCUAAAGUUAGCAUAGCUUUUAUCCGGAACAGCCGCCUUUUCUGUGAAGAAAUGAAAACAUUAAACGGAAAAACCGAUGUCAUAUUUGAGGACGACGAUCUACCUUAUGAAGAGGAGAUCAUCAGGAAUCCAUAUUCAGUCAAGUGCUGGAUGCGUUACAUCGAAUUCAAACAGAAUGGACCAAAAUCUACCCUCAAUAUGAUAUAUGAGCGGGCUCUAAAAGAACUCCCUGGCAGCUAUAAGUUGUGGUACAAUUAUCUGAGAGAGAGGCGAAAACAAGUCAAAGGGAAAUGUAUCACAGAACCAGGCUAUGAAGAAGUCAAUAAUUGUCAUGAAAGGGCACUAGUGUUCAUGCACAAGAUGCCUAGAAUAUGGAUGGAUUACUGCCAGUUCCUUGUGUCUCAAUGCAAGAUCACAAGAAGUCGUAGAACAUUUGACCGAGCACUUAGAGCUCUUCCUGUAACUCAGCACCCACGCAUCUGGCCUCUGUAUCUCCGCUUUGUCCGUGACUUGCCGUUGCCCGAGACAGCCAUCCGAGUGUACCGCAGGUACCUUAAGCUUUCUCCAGAAAAUGCAGAGGAAUACAUAGACUACUUGCGGUCUGUUGGCCGCCUCGAUGAAGCAGCUGUGCGGCUCGCAGCUGUUGUCAAUGAUGAAAACUUCGUGUCCAAAGAGGGAAAGUCUAACUAUCAACUGUGGCAUGAACUAUGUGACCUGAUCUCCCAGAAUCCUGACAAGGUGACCUCUCUGAAUGUAGGAGCCAUCAUUCGAGGAGGCCUCACUCGCUUCACAGAUCAACUUGGAAAACUUUGGUGUUCCUUAGCUGACUAUUACAUCAGGAGUGGCCACUUUGAGAAAGCACGUGAUGUCUAUGAAGAGGCCAUCCUUACAGUAGUCACUGUAAGGGAUUUCACACAAGUAUUUGACAGUUAUGCUCAAUUUGAGGAAAGCAUGAUCGCUGCUAAGAUGGAAACUACAGCUGAGAUGGGGCAGGAUGAGGAUGAUGACAUAGACCUGGAGCUAAGACUUGCCCGCUUUGAGCAGCUCAUUGCCCGGCGACCCCUCUUGUUGAACAGUGUACUCCUCAGACAGAACCCCCAUAAUGUUCAUGAGUGGCACAAGCGGGUAAAACUGUAUGACGGAAAUCCACGACAGAUCAUCAACACAUACACUGAGGCAGUCCAGACUAUUGAUCCAAUGAAGGCCACAGGGAAACCUCACUCGCUCUGGGUUUUCUUUGCUAAAUUCUAUGAGGAAAAUGAGCAGCUGGAUGAUGCGAGGACGAUCUUUGAGAAGGCUACCAAGGUGAACUACAAACAGGUGGAUGACCUCGCUGCAGUGUGGUGUGAAUAUGGAGAGAUGGAACUUCGUCAUGAGAAUUACGAACAGGCACUACGAAUUCUGAGGAAAGCAACAGCUAUCCCAUCCAAGAAAGCAGAGUACUUUGAUGCUUCUGAGCCUGUCCAAAACAGAGUCUACAAGUCUUUGAAGGUCUGGUCAAUGCUGGCAGACUUGGAAGAAAGUCUUGGCACUUUCCAGUCUACGAAAGCAGUUUAUGACCGGAUUAUUGAUCUCCGGAUUGCCACUCCACAGAUCAUCAUCAAUUACGCCAUGUUCCUUGAAGAGCACAACUACUUUGAGGAAAGCUUUAAAGCAUAUGAACGUGGUAUCGCUCUUUUCAAGUGGCCAAAUGUUUACGACAUCUGGAACACUUACCUCACCAAGUUUAUUGAUCGAUAUGGGGGCAAGAAGUUGGAAAGAGCCAGAGAUUUAUUUGAACAGGCAUUGGAUGGCUGCCCAGCCAAAUUUGCUAAGACUAUUUAUCUACUGUAUGCCAAGUUGGAGGAGGAGUAUGGAUUGGCACGACACGCUAUGGCUGUAUAUGAAAGAGCAACACAGGCAGUAGAAACUGAGGAGAGACAUCUCAUGUUUAACAUCUACAUCAAGAGAGCAGCUGAAAUUUAUGGAGUUACAUAUACCAGAGCAAUCUACCAGAAGGCUAUUGAGGUCCUUCCUGAUGAGCAUGCAAGAGACAUGUGUCUACGGUUUGCUGACAUGGAGAGUAAACUUGGUGAGAUUGAUCGUGGUAGAGCAAUCUACUCCUACUGCUCCCAGAUCUGUGACCCAAGGGUGACGGCUAAUUUCUGGCAAACCUGGAAAGAUUUUGAGAUCCGCCAUGGAAAUGAGGACACGAUUAGAGAGAUGUUGAGGAUCAAACGAAGUGUCCAGGCUACAUACAACACACAGGUCAACUUUAUGUCCUCUCAGAUGCUGAAGGCCACAACAAGCUCCACAGGCACUGUGUCAGAUCUUGCUCCAGGCCAGAUGGGAAUUGAUGAUAUGAAGAUGUUGGAACAGAAAGCACAACAGCUUGCUGCAGAGGCUGAACAGGACAAGCCUAAACCCAAAGAGAAGAUUCUCUUUGUCAGGAGUGACACUUCUCGCAGUGAGCUGGCAGAACUUGCCAAACAAGCCAAUCCUGAUGAAAUAGACAUCGAUGAUGAUGAGGAUGAAGAAGAUGAAGACCAAGGACCGGAUGAGGUGCAGCUUGAACAGAAGAGCGUCCCUACAGCUGUUUUUGGAGGGCUUAAAGAUGACUAGACAAUAAUUCUCUCAGACUUGUGCAUUUGAGUUCUACGUCCUCUUGUGGUCAUUCAACUGAACUAUUCAUAAAUGUGUAGUUUUAUUCAGUUGCAUUUAAUAGAGUUUGACACGUGGGAAGGGGAGAAUGGCAGCACUGGUGUGUCUGUUUGUUUUCCUUGUGGAUUUGUGUAGUUUAUAAUAUAAGAUAUAUUAGUUUUGACCACUUGGUUUCAGUAUUUCUCAAACUUGGUGCUUAAGAUAACUUUUUAGUUGUAUGUGUUAUGAAUUAUUAUUUGCGGUAACACAAUGACUGUAAUUGAAACCUGAUAUAGUUUGUCUGUUCUUUUUGUUUUUUUUAUAAAAUGUAAGAAAGAAACAGUGAAAACAUUUUUUUAAAUCCAAUAAAUGCAAGGAUCUUUCUCAAACAGGAAGUUCUACCCUAGAAAAACAUGGGGGAGGAGCAUGUCUCUUCAGUCAUUUGAAACUUGAGCUGCACAUUCAAGCCUCACAUUGUUGGCUUGAGGCUCACCAGUAGAUGGGUGUCUUGUAAUGCCAAGAGUUUUUGGAAAGCUUUUCUAACUUGUAGACAAAUGUCACUAUCCAAAUCUUCAUGCUCAAGUAGUACAUGUACACUUAAACAGUUUCUAUACUUAAAUGAUUUUUUUCCCCCAGUGGUAAGUGCAGGAUUGCUGGGCUAAUUGAUAUUUUUGAAAGUUUUUUGCUAGUAAUGUUACAAAAAUGGUGGUAUUUUGGGUGUAUUUGAGAAGCAUUUUUAAUCAUAUUUCCAUACGCUUGGCAGUGCUUUUCAGUUAUGUGCAAGCAGCUCUGGCUGUGACAAAUUGAAUGUCUAAAACUGCCUUUGUAAUCGAAGUGAUAAAUACCUUUAAACCUGCAGUAACAUUCUUCUGAUUAAAAAGCUGUUUUCUUUUCAAAGUAAUCUAAUUAAAAGAGAAACUGAACUGCUUGAUGCAUUUGCUGUAUAGUCCUCUAGAACUCUUGUUCUUUUAUUCAGAGAUGACUAGAAGCAGAACUGUGUAAGUAGCCAAUGAUGUUUGAAGAAUGACUUUUGUGAUUAAAUAUAUAGAAUUAUUUAGGUGUUUGAUAGAAAAGACCUUAUGCUUUGCUACCAUCCCAUCCAAAGAGUUAAACAUAUUGAGUUGGGGAAAAGGUUGUGACUGGGAAUUAUUGUUUCUUUUAUAAUUAGAUUAAAAUAGCUGAGAAGUAAUCCUCUUACAAAGUUACUGCAGUCGAGAACUUGAAGGGCUUUUGGAACGAACAUCAUAUGAUGAGGCACUCUUAAGAUUUGUUUUCCAGUGUGGAUGGCAGCAGAAAACACGGGUUUAAAAACAGAUGGAAAAGAAAUCCCUCGAGUCUCAUUAUAAACAUCCAACAAAACAAUUUUUCCCAGAAUGAAUUAUGCCUGUUUUUAUUUUAGAAACUUCUUACAUAGUCUGCCAGUAUGUUUGCUCUGUUCCAGUCUUUGUGUUUUGUGUGCCAGUUGUUUUAAAGAGGUAAUAAGGUUAACAUCACCAUACUGUAUCUACUGCUGUAGCUCUUUGUAAGGCAAUGGUUAUUUAAUGAGAACUUAAUAUAGCUUUUCAUGGAGUUUAAUAUUGUUUUCGUUACUUUCACAUGUU